CGAGCCGGACGAGAGCGGCGAGGAGGUGGAGGAGGAGGAGCUGGUGAAGCUGGUGAAGGAGGACAUGCGGUACGAGGAAGAGAAGGAGAGGCACGUGCAGUCGGACCCGUGCCUGCUGCCGGAGAGUGGCCUGAAGGCCUCGCAGCAGGAGCAGCAGCAGCGGCAGCCACUGUCUGAACGGAACCCGGCACCAGCCAGCAAUGACAAGGUGCGGCUGGUGCACUGGGCGCUGCACGUGAGCUGUGGUGCACCGGCCCGACCCGGCGCCCUUCGCAACACCUACCUGGUGGUGCGCGCCCCCUGGCUGCAGCAGGCCGCCUCUUCGGUCACCUGCUGGGCGGAGGAGGAGCCCCAGUACGACUACACACUGAUAUCCCCGGUGCUGCUGACAGCGCCCCUGGUGGCGCGACUGCACAACAAUCUGCUGGUGGUGGAGGUGUGGCAGCGCUCGCACAGUCCCGGCCAAGACCGGCUGGUGGGGCUCUGCCGCGUGCCCCUGGAGCGGCUCUACCUCACCUUCUCCCAGCCGGACGUCACCGAGACCGUGCUGCAGAUGAAGUCGCCGGUGAUGGCGUACGAGGGUCGGGCGACGGUGACCCACCCGGCCACGGGCGCCACCCCCGCCCACCUGCAGCUGACGCUGGCGGCCGGCACUCACCAGCAGGUGGAGCAGUGGGGCGCGCCCCCGCGCCAGCGCCGCCAGCGCAGCAAACAGGCGGCGCCACCUCCGAGCAGCAGCUGCAUCAUUAAGCUGAGCCUGGACCGUCUGCUGCACGUGCCCGAGAUUAACGAGGCCAAGAGCGGCGAGGUGGACUGUUUCGUGCAGUACACGUGGCCCACGCAGGCUGACUCCGGCGAGCUGCGGCUGCGCAGCUUCACCACCGAGCCGGCCAUCAGCCACGCCGGCGUCCGCUGUGACGUGGUCGUGCGCAGCUUCUACCCGGUCGUGCGGGACCGCGUCAUCGCUCGGGGCGUGCUGAGCUCGUCGCAGAUCUUCGGUCUGGUGGAGGGCAGCCAGACGGAGCUGGAGUCGGGCGCCAGCUCGCGGGACGGCCAGAGUCCGCCCAUCUCGCAGGAGGGCGCGGCCGGGGACGCGGAGGAGGGUCGAGACUCCGACUCGCAGCCAACCUCUGAGUCAGAGAUGCUGCAGCGGCUGCGGAAGCCGCUGGGUGCGCCAGCGGCGACGGGGCGCGACCGCCAGGCCGAGGACCGCUCCGACAUCCUCACCAGCAUCGAGCGAGACCUGGAGCGGCUCCGUAAGACCGGCUCCAUCUUCGGUCGCCGACAGCAGUCGGCGUACCGCUCCGUGCCGCUGACGGAGAAAGCGGCCUUCCCGGCCCCGCACGAGCAGCAGGUGCUGUACGUGCGGACUGAGCGGACGGCCGGCUCGUCGGCCGCCAGCCCGAACACGUCCGGCACAGGCGUCUCCUCCCGCCCCAGCGUGGAGGCGCUGCACCUGCCGCGCAUCGUGCGCGGCGAGCGUCGCGAGCUGCCGCGCGUGUUCGUCAGCGCGCAGACUGCCGGCGGUGUAGUGAGCAGCCCACUGAAGACGGGCACGCGACCGCGCUGGAACUGGAGCCGCACCGUCUGGGUGGGACGAGACUUGCUGCAGCAGGAGUUCCACUACCUGGUGCUGAAGGUGUGGCACCGGGGCGGUGCCGGCCGCGACCGCGUGCUCGGGCUGGUGCUCAUCGACCUGGUGCCCCUGCUGCACGGCCUCGACGAGCUGCUCGGCUGGUACAACAUCGUCGACCUGGCCGGCGUCUGUCGCGGACAGAUGAAGCUGAGCCUGCGUCCGCUGGACGACGUGCCGUGCGUGGAGCGGGACAGCCUGGACCUGUCCGUCACCCUGGACGACCCCGAGCGCACCUCGUACGUGACCUCCUCCCGCCACUCCUCGUUCCCCUCCCACCUGACCCGGUACCCCGAGGUGUUGAUCAGAGCGGUGACACGGGCCAGCCAUGAUCGGGAUACGCCUCUCGAACUGUCUCCGCGUGUAGAGACGGAGGCGGUGUCCAGCGGCGACGCCAACCACUUGAACUUGCCGCGGCCGCCGACUGGUGGCGGUAGCGGCGCAUCACCAGAGUGUCUGCUGCAGAUGCUUCCGUCGGCUGAUGAGUGCGAACUGAUGAAUGGGACGAGGUCCUUUCUGACAUCAGUUCUUAGGAAGAACCUGGAGGACUUGGACUCGCUGAAGGCGGCCAUGAUGCGCCGCAUAGAGCCGGAGCGGGCUGACUGCCAAACUUCAGUACAAAGCCACGCUGUACAAAGCUCGCCCUCGCCGGCGGACAGGACGCAGUGUUCAGGGAGCUCGCGGCAGGAGCGGCCCCGGCACGGACCGAGCGGGGAGGGCCACGCCCGCGGCCGGGAGGCUCGAGACGCCUUGACCGGGGGCCGCGAGCGAGUCGACUCGCGAACGUACACCUCUCUCACGGACAGCGUCACGGGAAAUGGCUCCUGGGAGCCGACCGUUGCGACAGCUGCUGGGCGGAGCGGCAAGCACAGCUUCACCGACCGGACGCCGCGCGAGCAGCGCUCCGACGACCCGGCCAGCGACCUGGUGUACGUGCGCGCUAUGAACGACGUGUCGUCGGGCAACUACGCGAGCGGCGUGUUCUGUCACCGGCGCGAGGUGCGCGGUGGCCCGACCGCGGGCCCCGAGGUGGCGGCAGCCGGCAGCCGCCUCUUCAGCGACUCGGAGGCGUCCGAGCUGCGCGCCGUCGAGACACCGGCGCCGGCCGCCACCUCUGACGACUCGGAUUCGCUGCCGUUCGACGAGAACCUGCGCUCGCUCAACAACACGUCCGACUCGGAGAUGGCCGGCCGCGCCACCUCCAACGCCGAACUGUUCAUCAGCAUCCUGCAGGAAAUGGAGCGGGGCGAGGGUGCCGGUUCCGAGUCCGAGUCCGAGUACGAGUACGAGUACGAGCACGAGUACGAGUACGAGUACGAGUCCGAACCCGGGUCCGAAUCCGAGUCUGUGUCAGAGCCUUAG